AUGGGAUUACCACUAUUUCUGCGGCGUCUCUUCCCAGGGGCCCGUUCCAAACAGGAAAAACUCACUUCUGCCACCGAGAGCUCUUCGGAAGUCAGCAAGGGUUGGCAGGCAACAGAACAACCUGACUUGCAAGAUGCUGCCUUAUUUCAAAUACCGGGCGCGUUUCCUUCGUCACCGCCCCGAACUCCACGACUUGCGCCUACCGAACAUGUGAAGCACUACGAACCCCCAACGCGGCCAAGCCGAGAAGCCGAGAAAACGGCGGAGCUGGAUCGUAUGGAUGUCGACAUUCCCUUCAUGCCAGAGCUUCGCACAGAACUCGGCUCAUACCUACGACCUCAACGAUCUCAACGACUAUCAAUACCAUCUACGCCUGUUCAAAAGAAACCGCGUCCGAUCGAAACCCCGAAACGCACAGAUGAAACGCACCCGGAUGCUAUGCAAAUCGACGACCCAUGGGCCGCGCGCUCCAUGAUGUUCGAAAUGCUUCCAUUCGGUGCACCCGUAUCAGCUGUGCAAUUAGUAUCUCCCCAAAGGACGCCAAUCCCAAACAAUCGCAUUGCAUCCAUCUAUCAAAAAGAAUGGGACCAGCGAGAACAAGAGAAGCAGGCAUGGGAUGCCGAACAAGGCCGUGCCAUAAGGAUCAGACCUCAAGGAAAAUGCGUACGUCAGUUAUCGGUUUCCUGGUUAGAUAGAGUCACAAAGGCCAUGCAUUCACAUGGUGCGGUGGCUCAAUCCCUCUCCGGUGAUGAAUUGUACCAAAAGGAUAUUGCAACAUGCAUCAAACCACUUGCUUGGUUAAAUGAUGAGAUUAUCAACUCAUAUCUUGCGGUUAUAAUCCAAUAUCUUCGAAAUUCAACAGGAAACACCCCAGACCAGCGACCUCGAUAUCACGCUUUCAACAGCUUCUUCUAUUCCAGUCUACGAGACAAGGGAUAUGAUAGUGUGCGCCGAUGGGCUAAACGAGCUAAAAUUGGCGGCGAAGUGCUAUUGGAGGUGGACACAGUCUUUGUUCCAGUGCACGAGUCCAGUCAUUGGACUUUGAUGGUUGUUCGACCCAUGGACCGAACCAUUGAAUACUUUGAUUCAUUAGGUGGACGCGGGGCUCGUCAAGUGGACACAAUCAGAAAAUGGCUACAUGGAGAGCUUGGCAACAAGUUCGUGGCCGAUGAAUGGACCCUUCUCCCCUCAGUUUCAUCAUAUCAAGACAACGGCAGCGACUGUGGCGUGUUCUUGUUGACAAAUGCGAAAGCCAUUGCGCUGAAUAUUGAGCCCACUGCAUUUGGAGCAAAGGAUACGAUAUUGCUCCGUCGAAAGAUUGUCGCCGAGAUCAUGAAUGGAGGUCUUCAUGGCGAGUUCUCUCCAGUUGAUAAAACUGGAACUGUUUUGCUUUGA